GUCCCAAUUCUUUUGGCAUAUAUCCCUUUUGGCAUUCCAGAUUUCCAAAUUAUGCGCCAAACAUGUGGCGCGUUUGUAUCUGCGAGCAACUACAGCGCCUGCUUAGUGGGCCAGGGCGCUGCUACGCACAAGCUGGAUGCGGUCGCGUCAUCAAGAAACGCUCUGGUCCCGAGGCAGUCACACCAUGUUCCGAGUACAAUGUACAGCAGAAAAAACAGCGCGAGUUGCAGCUGAGACAAGAACACCAACAACAACAACAACAACAACAAAAUCAACAACAGUCGUUCAUACAGCCGCAGCCCGGACAUGGGUCUGCCAGUCCUUUAUUUGAACCUUCUAGAGUCAACGAAAUCGGCAAAAUCGAGGAGCACGAACUAUUUGAGUUGGGGGAAAUAACACAGGAAUGUGAAAGGCAGUGUGCAAACCUUUUGCACGCUCUGAACGAAUACGGAAAUGCCACCGCAACUCUGAAUAAAAUGAAAGAAAAUGCAUGGCGAUCCUAUCCACCGCUUAUUAUAGAGCCGCCGAAAAAAGAAACCGAAGAAGAGCCGCACAAAACGGGUAUUGUUUAUGGAAAAAUUGACACAGGAUUAGCUACAAAUUGUGACGAAGAUUAUGAAAACGAUCCGUCAGAGCUUGAAAUAGUACAGCAUUCGGACAAUUAUCUUGAUCAAAGGGCUCAAGCAGAGCAAUGUGCAUCACAUGAAUGUAUUGAGGACUACGACUAUGAACAUAACUAUCUGCCGGUCUCAAGCGACAGACACUUAAGCCCACAAAUGGCAAAUGAUCAGGACACUUCGCAGCCGAACAUGCAUGUACUUUCGUGCUCGCAAAAUAAUGAUAGUCCACAGACUCCUGCAACACAUCCAUUCUACGCUGAAGAUCACACUCUACGGCCUAUACAGAGACACAAAAACUGUCAUUUGCUUCCCCAAAGAAUGGGCGAGCACGUUGCAAAGUUUUCUAAUUGGGAACCUCCAAUAGAAAAAAGAGGACAAAAAUGUCACCCUCAACCCUACCAGGAUGUUUGCGAGGGGUCCAACCCUAAGCGCUCGUUUCCUAGGAUAAAAGCCAAAUCCCCACCAGAUUGUUUCCCUAAGCCAAAAAUGUCAUGUGGGCCAAGAGCGCCUCCUCCAAUAUUUCGGUCCGAGCCAUGCGUAGGAUCUGAAUUCAGAGAUUCACGGGAAACGAGAGAACGAGCUUCGAGUAUUUCAAAAUCGACACCUCCAGCAAACCAAAAAUUGACUAAAAAAUGUCACCCACAAGCAUAUCAGGACGUUUGCGAAGAACCGUAUCCUGAACGAUUUCACCCCAGGAUCAAAGCGAAACCGGCACCAGAUUGCUUACGAAAACAAAAAUUGUCAUGUGGGCCACAACCACCUUCCACAACAUUUCGACCCGGAUGUGAAUUUGAAGACAUUAAACAUAGUUUUCACAGUCCUAAAAAAUCGAAAAAAAUAGUUUCGCACCAAAGCAAUCUUGAUUGUCCUGUUCGGAAGCCUGAGCCCAAGUGUCCAAAACCAAAGCCUCAAAAAUGCAAGCAAAAACUUCAUCCAUGCGACGCUCGCUGCAAUCCGCAUCCAGAUCGAUACAAUCCCAGAAUAGAGGCAAGACCGUUUCCAACAUGUCCACAAAGACCUAAAAUGACAUGUGGUCCGAAACCUCCAAAACCAUUGUUUCGUCCCGGUCCCUGUGCAGAACCUGAACUCGAAGAAGAUUCGCAAAAUAGUUGCAGAGUUCCAAAACAUCAAACCGCCAAGAAAUCAUUGGAAAAGUCACAUUCAAAGCCUAAUACAUGUUGUAAGCCUCCUAAGUCUAAGCCAUCUGCUGAAUGCCCGAAGCCGAAGCCAAAAAAAUGCCACCCAAAGCUUCAUCCAUGUGAUGCCCGCUGCAAUCCGCAUCAAGAACGUUUUCAUCCCAGAAUUGAGGCAAGACCCUAUCCAACAUGUCCGCAGAGACCCAAGAUGACUUGUGGGCCGAAGACUCCAAAGCCAAUAUUUCGACCUGCUCCAUGCUCAUCGCCGACGGAGCAGUGCCCAAAGAUCGAAAACGACCCACCAGUUUGUGACGAAUAUGAAAUGCCGGAGUGCCCCAGAGUUCCAGAGUCGGAAUCAAAAUCAUACUCAGUUGAUGUGGAGGCUUAUCCCGAGAAGAAAACCCUGCAGAACCUCAAAAGUCUUAUCGAAAGUAUGCUCGAUAUGUUGCGCGAUAAAACCCAAAAGCUUGGAAAUAGUGAAGAAAGCAGUAAGGAUAUUAAAUUAAAAAGCAGCAAAGAUAAAGAUAAGACACUGUGUACUGUUGAGCCUUUGCCAGAAUGCGACCCGAUCCAUCAUCCAAAUCGAAAGCCGAAUUCGAAAAAGAAGAAGCCGAAGAUCCACCUUUGCGACGAACCUUUCGACUAUCAUAAUAUGCGUCAAGUUCCCAGAGUAGAAGCUAUUCAAGGCUUCCAAUAUGCAGACCGACCGAAGCUACCUUGUGGACCUGAAUCGAAGCUAGAUAAGCCCACACUUCGACCAUGUUAUCCAUCCGAGUGCUGCCCCACUGUUGAAAAAUAUGAGGCGCCAUGUUCCUAUUCAUUGCCGAAAUGCUCAGUGGAAGCACCCCAAUCAAUCAAGCCACCUGCUUCCACCACUGUAGAUUCCUCACAGACUGGGCCAACAAAAAGCCCAAAUUUUGGCAGCAGCACAGAAGAAAGCAAUAGAUUCACUGGAUUUAUUAACAUGCUCGUAGAAAAAACUAAAGCAGUGGGAAAUAAGCUAGGACAAGGUCAGCCAACUGAAGACAACCAGUCACACACCUGUGAUGGAAGGGAAAAAUUGUUUAAAGACAUCAAGAAGUGCUCCUCAGAACAAUGGAGCCGUCAGCUGAAACCAAGUGAGCCAAGUGAGCGCUUCAAGGAGGAACGCAAACGCCUGCGAAAGUGGAACAAACUGUUAGGAUCAAGUCAGGCUAAGCAAAGCUACAUGCAAUACACCAAUCGUCAAAUGGAGCUGCUGGACAAGGUGACUCAAUAUGCUAAAGAGAUGCAAAAGCGCAAUCGACAACGAAAUCAUGAUCGAAUGAUUUCCCAAGCCAAGUUAGGCCAAUCGGUGGCCUCCGCAAGUUGCCAAGAUUCGAGGCAAAUCUCUCCUCAAUGUGAGACGGUACGCAAAAGCUGCAUGUGUGCCUGCCUAAGCAGCCCAGCUCCAAUGCCCCCGGAGGAUAACCGAAGCCAAAAGCACUCAAGGAAGCACUCUCACAAGAAAAUUUAUGAGUGCAUUACGCAAAUGAAUAAGUGCGAAGCGGAGGCAAAGCUCCAAAAAUGCAUGGAAGAGGAGUUGAAAAAAACCAAACAUGCAUGUCUGCAAAAAUCAAUGGCAUCAAUGAAUGAAAUGGACAGACAAAGGGCAGAUUGCGAAAUGCAGCAGCUGGAGAAUGAGGUCAGAGAGUAUUGCAGGGAAAAGCUAUGGAUCGAGCAAUGUGAAAAAUUGGAGGCGGCGGAAAGGAUUAAGCGAGAGUGUGAAGCUUUGGAAAUGCAUCAAAAGUGCGAAGAGGCUGCAAAAAAAGCAGAAGAAGAAAGGUUGAAAAAACAUUGUCUAGAAUUAAUUUGUAAAGAAGUGCAGUCGGUCCAAGAAAACGUUUGCGAGGAUGAAGAGCACCUUGAUUCUGAUGGUGGGGGAAAAACCGACGCAAACGAUUUUGUCGAAGAGCUACUAAAAAAGUGUAGAAUGCAAGCGUUAAAGGAAGAGAAAAAGCGGUGCAAAGAGUUAGAGCAGAGGCAGAAAGGUGCACAAACUGAUUCGGAGAGAGCCUGCAUCAAACAAAUGUUGCAAAAAUGUAAAGCUGAACUACUAAAGCGAAAGUGCGAAGAGCAGAGUCUAAAAAGGAAGAAACAAGAGGAAGAGAUGAAAAAGAAAUGCAUAGCAGAAGUGGCAAUCAAAAAGAAAUGCGCCGAGGAAAUGCUUAAAAAGCAAUGCCAGGAGCUAUUAUUAUUGAACAAAUGUAAAAAGAUGGCAGAAAGAAAAAAGACAAAAGAACUGAAUAAAUCAUGUAAGGAACAGAGAAAUGACGCUACGGAACACGAUGGAGCCGAAACGGAUAACGCAAUUGUCACUGAGAUUAAGAGUAUAAUAAAGCAAUGCGAGAAACUUAAACGGAAAUACGAAAAGCGUCUGAAGGAAAAAUGUAUGAACAGAGAGCUGAAGAUGCAGUGUGCCGAGCGAGAGAGCGCAAAUAGAAAAAGCCGAGAAGCUGAGCAGCAAAGAAGGCGCAAAGAAGCCGCACAAAGAACACUUCGCGAUGAGGCUGAGCACAAAAGAAGAGUCAAGGAAGCCGAGGAAAAAAGAAAGUGUGAGGAAGCUGAGAUGAGAAGGAAGUGCAAGAAAGCUGAACAGGAACGAAAAUGCGAGGAAGCAGAGCAAAAACGAAAAUGCGAGGAAGCUGAGCAAAAACGAAAAUGCGAGGAAGCAGAUCGAAAACGAAAAUGCGAGGAAGCUGAGCAAAAACGAAAAUGCGAGGAAGCUGAGCAAAAACGAAAAUGCGAGGAAGCUGAGAUGAGAAGGAAGUGCGAGAAAGCUGAACAGGAACGAAAGUGCGAGGAGGCUGAGCGCAAAAAAAAAUUCGAUGCUCAACGCAAGAAAAAGCUAGAGGCUGAAUUGCAGAAAAAAUGUAAAAAAGAAGCACGGCUCAAAAGAAAAUGUGAAGCAUUGGAGAAAGAGAAAUCAGUAGCGGAUCAAACAAAGCGUUGCGAAGAAAUUAGACAGAAAUGGAUGGGGGAUAAGGGAAAACUCAAGGACUGGCCAGAAACAAAGUUUACUACGCUGGUCACUGAAGCUGACUAUAUACAUGAAUUGUUUCAAUUACCGUUGGCGUUCCAUAAGGAAACCAUUAUAGGAGUCGAUGGCGCGGACCUGAUACAACGCCUGCCCAAUAACUCAUAUUUGCUUGACUUGCGCAACAGUCUGGCGCUAGCCGAAAUUUAUCAGCUAAGAAACACAGCCAUAUUUUUGGAUAACCCAGAAGUGACCCGAAGAAAAAAUUCAGACACCACCAAAACCACAAAGGAUAAGGCACCCAAGUCAGACGCCCAUCGAUUUGCAGAUUCGGCAUACAACUUGAAGCGGCUUAUGCCGGAGCUGCUACGUGCCAGACUCAGCAAUUCGUUGUUGUUGUAUGUCACAGUCAGCGACCUCUUGAACUGGAUGUAUUCGAAAUGGGCGCAACUUCAGCAGCGGCACGAUACCAAUAUUGCGUGGCCUCACAUCGGCCUGCUCCCACCCAGCUGCAUGGGGGGUCACAUCAUUGGCGAUCCAGACAGACAGCGAUUGCCAAUGAUGUGGCCCAGCAUUGCAGAGGGGUCGAACAGUCCGAAUGAAUUACUGCGCAGCAAUGGCAUUCUGUCGCUGCACUCCACAAUCUGCAGCGAUGCCAAUACCAAUAUCAAUGCCGAACCCGAAUUACACCUACCGCUACCCCAUCGCAUCGAUCUGCAUGGUGUAUCGUCAUUGGGAUGCUUUCAACUGAUCUGCGAGCGGCAGUGUCGACUGCUCCGAGAAUUGUCGCAACUGCUGCUUGUUGAACCGGCCACCUGGUCUCAUUAGUGACUCAGCGUCGGUUGUAUUCUAAAUUUUUUCGAUCACUAUAUAUGUAUUCUUUUAGA